GGCCGUGUGCACUCAUGAUGGGGGAGGAGAGAGAAUGAGGAAGAGGGAGAUUUGAAGAAAGACUGUAGAAAGAGAGAUGGCUAAGAGACAUUACAAGCUGUUUUAUCAAUGUCUUUCCACCGUUGAAACACUGAUUGAGCGUUUCAAAAAAGCCACAGAUGGCUCCUUGCAGAAUGAAGACUGGACACUCAACAUGGAGAUCUGUGACAUCAUUAAUGAGACCGAGGAAGGGCCCAAAGAUGCCAUGCGUGCGCUGAAAAAGAGACUCAACGGCAACAGGAACUUCCGUGAAGUGAUGCUGGCUCUAACUGUGCUGGAGACUUGCGUGAAAAACUGUGGCCACCGUUUUCACGUCCACAUUGCUAACAGAGACUUCAUCGAAGGUGUCAUGGUGAAGAUCAUCACUCCGAAGACCAACCCUCCCGCUAUAGUGCAGGACAAAGUGCUGUCACUGAUUCAGGCCUGGGCAGAUGCGUUCAGGAGUAGCCCAGACCUCACUGGAGUCGUGCACAUUUACGAGGAGCUGAAGAGGAAAGGAAUUGAGUUUCCCAUGGCAGAUCUGGACGCCUUGUCACCCAUCCAUACACCACAGCGGGGAGUCCCAGAGGUGGAUCCAGGCAUUCACAAGUACAAAGCACCCACGCAGCCCAAAACAGCAUCUCAGGCGAUCCCUAAACCUGCAGCUGCUGCAACACCCGACUUAAACCCCACCCAGAUUCCAGCUGUAUCGGGCCCGAUCACAGCAAACCCAGAGCAGAUUGCAAGACUGAGAAGUGAGCUGGACAUUGUGCGUGGGAAUAUUAAAGUGAUGUCAGAGAUGCUGACAGAGAUGGUGCCGGGCCAAGAAGACGCCUCUGAUCUUGAGCUACUCCAGGAGCUGAACAGGACGUGUCGAGCCAUGCAGCACAGGAUAGUGGAGCUCAUCUCCCGUGUGUCAAACGAAGAGGUCACCGAAGAGCUGCUACACGCCAACGAUGAUUUAAACAACAUCUUCCUGCGCUACGAGAGAUACGAGAGAUACAGGGUAGGCAGAGCAGCACAAAACAAUGGGGUCCUGAAUGAGGCUUCGGAGGAGGAUAAUCUAAUAGAUCUGGGUCCUGGUUCUCCAGCAGUGGUCAGUCCUCGGGUCAGCGCUGCACCCACUCAUACACCCACAUCCACCCUGCAGCCUCCUGAUGCUGCUCCUGCCGCCACCGCUGUUGCUGCAAACACAGCCUCCCUCUCUACACAGCUGGCAGGACUUGAUGUGGGCGCAGACAGCGUCAGCGGCACUCUCAGCUCUCUGACCGCUCACAACCCUCAGGAUGACUUUGACAUGUUCGCCCACACCAGGUCCAGCUCUCUGGCUGACCAGCGCAAAAACGUUAAAUAUGAGGAACCUCAGGCUUUGGUUGGCCUGGCUUCAGCUUUAGACAUCAGACAGCAAAAUGCCACCGGGCCGAAUGUAAAAGGUCCUAACGCUGAGCUGGAGCCCAUAGACAGCUGGCUCAUUACCCAAGGAAUGAUUCCCGUAUCGCAGUCCUCUGUCAUGGAUGACAUUGAGGAGUGGCUCUGUGCCGAUGUGAAAGGUGAAGAGGCAGAAGAAGGAGUCACUAGUGAAGAGUUUGACAAGUUCUUAGCAGAGCGGGCCAAAGCUGCAGACAAGGCUUCACCAUUGGCCGUUGGUGGAGAGUCCAGACCCCCCGUCAGCGCAUCGAGCAGCAGCCGCAGGAAGACCGAACAGACAGAGGAUAAUCUCUUUGCCUUGUAGAACACUGACGGAGAGAUGCGGGUUCAGCCCAGUGACCGCAACCAUUUUCCCUCCAAUUUCUUUUACUGAUGUUAUACGGCAGCAAGACCCCUGUCUAAUAUCCCCCGCCUGAUAGAGCACUGUGAGAAUCCUGCUUCAUUACAGCUUUAACCGCAACCUUUAAGCUGAACGGCGCAGUCAAGCGAUGGCUUAAGCCAAACAUGUAGCCAAAAUAAGAGAGCUUAUUCAUUUCGAAUAACAGAUAUGCAGUCGAAUAGAGCUGUUUGGUUUUGUAUUUAUUGUUUAGUAAUGAACUAAUGGUCUUAAAGAUUGCCAUUCCAUGAGGUUAUGGUUUUGUCAGGUGCAUCCGUCCUUUUGUAAGGGUGAGUCAACUAUGGAUUGUGACUCAAUCUGUUCCCGUGGUAAAUAGAGCAGGAAAACAUUAGAUCUUAAUCAGGCGUAGGAGCACAGAGACAACCGUGCCAACGGUGCACUGCUCGGUGAAGGAAAAUGGCUACAUUCUCGUAAUCAUAAUGUGCGAAUUACCAAAGACAGAAGAAUAAACUUGUUUUCCAUCGAUAAAGGUUUUUGUUAAAAUAUGUUGACUCUAGUUGAGGUUGUCUAAGAAGCCAUUAUAGCCUGGUUUAAAAGCACUAUUUGAGGGCAUUUUAUAGCGUAAAUCUACAGAGCCCCACACAUGAUGUGUGAAAAAAAAAAAAGUAUAUUAUGGCCUCGAAUUAACAAUAUGUAUUUCGUUCCCAUGACUAACUAAUAUGUCAGCACAUUUUAUAAAUUCAUUCCCUCAUUUUAGGUGCAUGAUAUAAUAAUUCAUUCCCUCCUUUAGUUAAAUCAAAAAUCGUGGGUAAAUCGUGGGAACAAAUUCUUAGUUUGUGUCCAUAAUACAUAUAUAUAUAUAUAUAUAUAUAUAUAUAUAUAUUUAUUUUUGUCCACGUCAUGUGCGGGGCUCCUUAUAAAUCAGGUGUCUACAGUGAUAAAAAAAAAAUACAAAAACAUAUGCUUUUGAAAAAUGCAUCUUAAUUUUGGUUAUAAUAUAUGAUUUCUUAGAACAGGUUCAUUAAAAACAAUAGCAAGAAAGACGUGGGUCAUAUUUCAUCCCAAAAUUAAAAGAUAUAUAUAAGAUUCUUAUAAGAAAAUUUUAUUUAAUAUUUAUACUACCGUUCAAAAGUUUUAGGUCAGUAGGAUUUAUUUUAUUUAUUUUUAUAUUUUUAAAGAAAUUAAUUUUAUUCAGCAAGGACACAUUGAAUUGAUCAAAAAUGACAGUAGAGACAUUUAUAAUGUUACAAAAUAUAUAAUAAACGUCAAAUAAAUGCUGUUCUUUUGAACUCUCUAUUCAUUAAAGAAACCUGGAAAAUUUUAUAAUUGUUUCCACAAAAAUAUGACGCAGCAUAAUGGUUUUCAACAUUGAUAAUAAUCAGAAAUGCUUCUUGAGCAUCAAAUCAUCAUAUUAGAAUGAUUUCUGAAGGAUCAUGUGACACUGAAGACUGGAGUAAUGAUGCUGAAAAUUUAGCUUUGAUCACAGGAAUAAAUUACAUUUUACGAUAUAUUCACAUAGAAAAUAGUUAAUUUAAAUUGAAAUAAUAUUCAUCUUUCAAUAAUAUUGAAAUUUCAAUAACAUGCAUCAUCAACCGACUAAUCUUACCAACCCCGAACUUUUGAACGGUAGUGUACAUACUCUUAAAAAUGUGUUUACACCAGAAGUGUUUAUACUUUUCUAAUCAAUUAACCUACAAAAAUUAUAUUUAAUUACCUUCUAUCUUACUUACAGUUGACUCUACAUAUUUAAACGCUGACAGGAGAAAGUAUUUUAGCAACAAAAUAAUUUACCUCUCAUUAAAUGGCAAACCAGGCUUCAUUUGCUUUACACAAUUUUCUUUUGUUUUUGGGGUGAUAUGUGACAGAAAUUUCUUUGUAAGAUUUACCCACUUACUGCAUCUUAUUGUCAGAUUCCGCACAUUUGGCAGUAAAGCUGAAUGGAAUUUUUUGCUUUGUGCUUUGCUAGACCUAACCAAGAAUUAUAUUAGCCUAAUGGCUUUUGUAAAAUAUGUAUCCAUACAUAUACAUAAAUGUGUAUAUACAAUAGGGAAGUGUGUAUAGUACAUAAGGUUUAUAUUAACUUUGGUGUAAUGUGUAAAUGUUUAAAGGUACACUAUGUAUUUUUUUUUUUCCAGUUCGAAAUUAGCAAAAUUUAAAUGAGUCAAUACAUCAUCAAUCCUUCUUCCAAACAUGUUUUUGAUUCACUAUGGUAAGCCUAUUAUAAGUGUUUAUAUUUUAGACCUGUCGGGAUGGUUUUCACAGGAAAUUGCGUACAUAAUUGCGUCACUCGCCUGUGCAUGUGUUGUCAUAUCUGUAAAUAGAGAAAAGUUGCUCCGGCGACUUUGAUAAGUGUAUGGUGUGGGAGUGGCAGAGGUUAGUUGUCACAACAAGCAAAAAGGUUGACUUGGAGCCGCUAAAUCUUGGGAAUCACCCAUUUUAAACAAACUCCGAACAUAGGGGAGUCUGCUGGCAAAAACAGAAUGUGACAGAGCUCGUAAUAAAACAAGAAUCAACAUCAGCUUGGCUUUUCAAAGAUGGCAAGAACUGAGGGAUUAGAAAUGUUGUAAAAGUGAUGCAGAGAUGGCGUGAGUAAGUUAUUUUAUUGAAAAGAUAUAUUGCUCUCUAACAGAGUUCAUUGUAAAGCGUUAUCUAUUGUGAAGGUUUAUAUUCAUCCGCACAAGCCAAAGCACAUCCAAAACAAUGUUCUUCAGCAAAAUGCACGCAGUUAUUUUUAACCACUAGAGGGCCAAAAGUUACAUAGUGUACCUUUAACUGCAUCCCUCUUUUUUGUGAUUCGUCAUGAAAGAUAUUCCAUGUGAUUUGCAGGAUCGCCGUUGGUUUUCAUUCCAGUUUCUAACAGCUGUACCGUACAGUUUUAUUCAUGCUAAAUGUUGCACUGCUAUCUUCCCAACAACUUGAGGUUAAUGUUUAAGGAAGAUGUUCACUUCAGUCUUAUAUGUAUAUAAAGUAACUGCAGCUAAAGUCAUUUUACAGUCCAAGACCUCAAAUGCUAAACAACUAAUGAUGGGAAGGCAAGGGCUUAAACUUUGUUAAUCUAACCUGUUGCAAAGCUCCAUCAUUCCCCCAUAAUCGGUCAAAUCGGCAGAUACAUGUGUGAAACACUGGAGGAGUGUAUGUGCUUUACUUGAAUUGAAGGCGUAAGUCACUGUGGCUUUGAUUGAAAUGAAAUUACAGCAUGUUGAAAGCAAAAUCAAUAAUGGUCUGAUGAGUUUCUUAACCAAGGCCGUUUAAAAGAUAUCUAUGAACAGCAUUUGUAAUGCCAUAAUGUAAUAAUAAAUAGAUUAAAGUUAAUCUGCAAUAUCUAUUUUUGAUUUCAGCCUUCUAAUUACUGGUAAGAAGGAGAGUGUAAAACCUGUUAGUAAUAACUUGCUUGCUCUAAAGAGCUCUGCUUUCAUCAUUAUUGGGAUUAACUGCUUAAAUCAAUGUUGCCAUUGUGUGACAUUAAAAGUCUUAACUAUUUUGAUUAUUUACCUCAUAAUGUCUUAAAUGUAUUUUAGAAUAAUGACAUGUAAUAAAGUUUCCUAUUGUCAGAUUUAUUGUUUAAUCCAAACUAUUUUAUUAAAGUGAUUCAUUUGCUUAAUGCAAA